AUGGCCGAACAAACCACCACAGACCACGGCAUCCGAUUUCCAAGGGUAACCAUACAAUUCUGCACACAAUGUAAAUGGAUGCUCAGAGCAUUUGCCCAAGAACUCCUAUCCACAUUUUCCACAUCCCUAGGCGAAGUGUCACUUCAGCCAUCUACAGGAGGCACCUUCAUUGUGACAAUCUACCACCGCCCUGAGGAUGAGGCCUCGGGUACGGUGCUGUGGGAUAGGAAGACGGACGGUGGGUUUCCGGAGACUAAGGAGUUGAAACGGCGGGUGAGGGAUAUUAUUGAGCCGGAGAGGGAUUUGGGACACGUUGAUCGGUAUAAGGGGCCGGAGGGUGGUCCAUCAGGGAAGGCGGCUGAGGCGUCGAAGGGGGAUUGUCAGGAUUGUAAGUAG